AACCUAUUACCAAACGCUGAAGGCGAGUUCUGUAACAUGUUGCGGUCUCCAUACAUGAUCCUGUUGUCUCACUGCAGAGAGGGGCUGUUACAUCACUGAGACAACAAUGAAGUCCAUCGCCUGUAUCUCUUCGUCUGUCAGAGCUGCGUGUCAGCACACCUCAGCGUGUUUCCCGUUCAGUCGUGGUCUAAUUCGUUGCACUGCGGUGGGAAGAUGCACUCAUCUGGAUUCUGCCGGCACAGCUGUAAUUGUGCAACAACCGUGCGUAACGGGUGCGCGUUCUUUCCACAGCAUGCGCAUAAACGCAGCAGCGGCCCAGCAGGUGAGUGCAGCCCCUGUCCUCACCCCGGUGUCCCUACCAGAGAAAAGAGACGAUGAACUGACUGUGUACCGGAGUGUAAGACGCAUGCCAGUUAAAACAGCAUUGGGAUCAGCUCCACGCCUCUCGCCAUACACCCCAUACAUCAAAACACAGGGCCAUGUGACCACAUUAGUCAAUAUCCAAUCUCUGUUUGAAGGGGAUGUGAUCCCUGAGCUGUGCUCCAGGCUGGCAGACCUCCCCAGCAAUGACAGGGCAGAGGGACUAGCUACUUUACUUGGAGCAUGUGUUGAAUUUGGCUUGGAAGCCCACAACCCUCUGGUCCUCAAACUGAUGAAGGAGUGCCUGGAGCUCCUCUCCAACAGGGACAUCGAGGUGGCACAGCUCUGCCACCUGGGUGAGGUGGCACAUGUCCUGGAAGGCCGCCAGUCAGCGAUGGUGACAAAGGUCCUGGACUCCAUAAGUUUUGCUAUAGAAGAGGAUGUUGUGUCUCCCAGUGAGGCCAUCAGAGUCUACUCCCUGCUGGCUCGGUGUUACAAUCCUGCCAGCCAGCAGCAGACACUCACGCUAUCCACUUUGCACAGACACACACAGAGGCUGGUUCACAGACUGAAGGCCAGUCAAGUCAGCGAUAUUCUGCAGGCCCUGGUGAAGUUACAGCAGAGACAGGCCAUUUCCCUGGUGCUGAGGCUGAGUCACAGGGCAUCACGGGUCUUUAAAGUUUUCACCGACAAUGAAAUAAUAAAGGUUCUCUCUGCCCUGAUGGUCCUGGGACAGCAUCAUGAAGAGCUCUUGGCUGCUAUGGAGAAACACCUGCCAGAGAGGGUGGGAAUGUGUGAUCCAGAACUGAUCAGUACUGUCAUGGAGUACUGUCUGCAAAUGAGGUGCCGCUCUGAGCCGAUCUUCGAGGUUGUGGCGGAGAACUUUGUGUGCCACGCUGAGAGGCACACCACCCUUCAGAUAGCCAAACAGAUUGUUGCCAUGGGGAGACUCAACUACCUGCCACAGUGCUCCAGUCAGAUGUUUAAGAAGCUCGAGAGCAUUUUAUCAACAAGGUUUUCCCAGUUCCAGCCUCGCUCCCUGAUCGAGGUGCUGCACGCCUGCAUCCACCUGGAACGUUUUCCGCUCAACUACAUGUCCAAAGUCUUCAGUCCAUACUUCCUACACAGGCUACAAGCACAGGAGGAGCCAUUGGACAAGAAUGCCCUGGGACAACUGACACAGCUCCAUCUCUCCACCUCAUUAGAGUGUAAAUACUACUGGGGCCCCAGACUGCCUUACUUCUUCCAUGUGAAGAAGUUCUCCUCUAUGGAUGAGGCCUUUGAGACACCUAUGGAUAGUCUCUUGUUCAAACACGUCAAAGGGCCGCUUACCAAGUUGCUGGGAGGGAAGUUUUAUUCUACCAAUAUCUUUACUUCCAGUGGAUACACUGUAGAUGUGGAGAUAAGCCUGGAUGAGGAGGGAUAUGUUCUGCCUCUUUCUCAGUGGGAUCACACAUACAGGAGGAUGGCACUGUGUUUAGAUGGUCAAAAUCGUUUCUGCAGCAACACUGAACACCUGCUGGGGAAGGAAGCCACUAAGAGGAGACACCUCCGCAGCUUGGGCUACGAGGUGGUGCAGAUCCCAUACUUUGAAUUUGACAAGCUGAGCACUCAAAAGGAACAGGUCCAGUAUCUUCACAACAAGAUCUUUCCCACCAUCUUCAAGUUCAACCACUGACCUCAGGACCUCACAAGUUCAGUAGAAGACCAAUCAGAGGUUCCUCAGUGACUUUUAAUGGUUGAUCCUUAUGUUACUGUACAAAUAAACCAUCCUUCCAAUGGACUGGAUGGAAAAAUAUAAUAUAUUAUAAUAUAAGAUAGAAGGCUUAGCAGAAAAUGGCAAAUAGUUUCACCUGUGGUAUUCAGCUUCAGCACAGACGUACCCUAAUGGGAGGAAACUAGUCUUACUGUCCAGAAAAAAAGCAUUAAAGCAGAUUAAAACAUUUUGCGAGCAUAUACUGUAAGUGCCCAGUAGUAUAGGCAUAAUCUAACUGAACUUACUGUAAAAGAAAUAUAUGAGUGAGCUUCUGGCAUUUUUAUUUGUUCCCAUGUGCCUUUAUUUUUUGUCAUUAAUGAAACAACCUGCCUUGAUUUUAGCAUCAAAGAAGAAAAAUAUCAAUAAAUAGUUUUGUAAGGAUUUAUUAAGUGAAAGGAGAGACUGGGUAUGAGUAAUUUUCCUCUGUUAAAAGAUUUUAAACAAAAGAUGAAGACGAAUAAAUUCACAACCCAGGGCCUAAAGAGGAUUAGCUUAGCAGCUGGAGUACUACUUCCCUGGCUCCUGUCACAUUUUAUAUUUGCACCUUAUGACUCGAAUGCAGUACUUCUGUGACUGUAGUUACACUGACUUUAUCACUGAUAUCAAGGAGCAAAAUUAGUGAAAAAUAAUUCUGCUAUUAAUUUAUUGUGUUGUUAAAUGGACAUGAAAGUGAUUAUUUAUGCAGUUCAUUUGAAUACAACUAUGUAAAUAUUGUGCCACAGUGUUGUUGCUUUAACUUUUGUGUUGUAUCCAAUCAGAUUUUUUGGGGGGGGGGGGGGGGGGGGGGGGUAGAGAAAAAAUAAUAUGGCCUCAUUUACGGGACAAGAUAUUCAAGU